AUGGAGCAGAUCCUCCUGAAGGAUAUGUCAAAACACACUGAAGACAGAGAGGUGGUUAGGGACAGCCAACAUGGGUUCACCAAGAGCAAGCCGUACUUGACUAGUUUGGUGGCCCUGUACGAUGGAGUGACUGCAUCCGUGGACAAGGGAGGAGUUACGGAUGUCAUCUACCUGGACUUCUGUAAGCUUUCAAGCCUGUUGAAACGCAGCAUUCCUGUCAUUGCAAAGGUUAUUCAGCCGUGCGAACCGUGGCGGAUUCUGAAAGGUUACAGGCGUUUCCCUCCCCGGCGUGCACCUGUCGUCCUGCCGUUAGCUGUUUGCCGGCUGCCUUCGGCUGUAAGAUGGCACAUUGAACUACAGCCAUGGGCAAGUCCAACUCCUUCCCUCAGCUAUGAGGCCUUCAGGUUCCUCAAGUACAUCAGCACUUCUCAGAUUUCUUGUGAACACAUGAACCUGAACAGCCUGAAAGGGUACUCUGAAACCACAAAGAAGCCCUGGUCGGUCUGUCUUGACGAGAGGUUUAGCCUCAUUCAUCGAAUCAGAAGCAAGCAAUGCCGUCUCUAUUCCCUUGGGCUCGGCAACGAUGACAACCAGUUUGAGGUCAGCAUGGCCAACAGUGGAUGUGAGGUGCAUCGCUUUGAUCCCAGCAUCAAGUCAGCACACGUUCAGGAGGGUCGACACCUCUGGUAUCAUCGCCUGUCCAUUGACUGGAGGGAUCCCAACCCAGCCAUUGCUGCUCAUAAACUUCAUAGCAACACAAAGAAGCUGGGCACGAUAUUGAAUGAAUUUGGACAUCAGAAGAUUGAUGUCCUCAAGGCAGACGUGGAGAGCGCUGAGUGGAAAAUUUUGGAAAACCUGAUCCUGGAAGAUGUUGUUGAGCAGAUAGGACAGCUGGUCUUUGAGAUGCACAUCCAUUGGCCUGGGUUUGAGGUCAGCGGCAAUGACAGCACCGUGGUGCGGUACUGGUACAGUCUGCUCCGAGAACUGGAGCUGAAGGACUUCAGGCUUUUCCAUACCUACAAAGACUUAUCAAAACCACAGAUGUUUCUGAAAAAGGAAGCCUUCAAUGCCAGUAGCUGUUACACACUGAGCUGGGUAAAUACAAGAUGGAAAUAGCAGAAAGGAAAUUAUGAUGUGUGACUGCAAGCCAUCUGGCUCUGUGGUGUUAUUGAAGAGGACUUUAGCGUCACUGGCUAAAGUUACUAAAUAUGCAUACAGUGACUGCUAACAAAAUGGACUGGCUUUUAUUUUUAUAUGUUGUCAAAA